AGAUUGGAUCUACUGGCAAGGAUCAACACCUACACCUAAUACUGGACCAUCAUUUGAUGUAACUUAUGGGACACAAGCUGGGCAUUAUCUGUAUAUUGGAUCCGAGGGAACAGCAUUCAGUAGAGCUCGAUUGAUAUCACCGCACAUCUCUAUUAAUAACCCUGAUGAGGUCCAUUGCUGGAGAUAUAACUAUCAUAUGUAUGGAGAUGAUGUCUAUGCUUUAGAACUAGGGGCCCUCUAUGGUAAUAACAGGUACGAAUUCCUCACAAAUCAUGUAUAUGAUCAAGGGAACAAAUGGCAUGAGGGCGCAGUUCAAAUCAGUCUACCAGAAUAUGAUCUAGUGUUUGAUGGAUUACUCGGCAGUGGUGUCCAAAGAGAUAUAGCGAUUGAUGAGAUAACAAUGACAAGAACAAGCUGUGAGGAUUGUGAUUUUGAGUCUGAUUUCUGUGGAUGGGUUAAUGCUGCUAACGGUAGAGAUCAACUUGACUGGCAGAGGCAAUCUGGAAGUACUACUACAUCACAAACUGGUCCUCUUAAUGAUCAUACAACACUCUCAGAUACAGGCUUCUAUAUCUACAUUGAUGGUAGUUUUCCCAGUCGGCAAGGAGACACUGCUAAGAUCAGUUCAACUGUAUCUCUUGUUACCAGAACUCAUACCUGCUUCUCGUUUUGGUAUAUGAUGCAUGGUCAAGAUAUUGGUGAACUGAGACUGCUGAAAACUGAGGCUGGUUUAGAAGAGACGGUAUGGAGUCUCAAGGGAGAACAAAACAAUGAUAAUACAGUCUGGAAGCAAGGCAAGAUACAAUACAGUGAUGCUCAAGAUAAAGUCAAGAUGGAGUUCUGGGGAAUCGUUGGAUCAAGUGAUUUGAGUGACAUUGCUCUGGAUGAUAUCAAGCUCAUUCCUGGAGAGUGCGAUACCUAUCCUCCAGAAGCAGCUGUUGUACCAACUACAACGCCAGCACCUCCAACUACUCCACCACCAUCUGGGACGCAAAGCUGUGACUUUGAAAGCGAUUUCUGUGACUUUGUCCAGUCAACUGAUGAUGAUUUUGACUGGAGAAGAGAACAGGGCUCAACCUCAACAUCUGGCACAGGUCCAUCAUACGAUCACACAAGAGGAGAUGCUUUAGGAUCAUACAUAUACACUGAGGGUUUCUUCAUUAACAGGAGACAUCGCCUAGAGUCGCGCCUCUUCCCUAGUACCAUGAUAUCAUGCGUUACAUUUUGGUAUCACAUGUGGGGAUCCACCAUGGGUGACCUGAAUGUCUACGGCAAGGAAGGAACAGGUCUAGGCCAACCUUUGUGGACUAGAGAAGGAUCUUUGGGAGAUCAAUGGUUUGAAGCACAGGUCCAGUAUGCCCCCAAGGCCAACUACAGGAUCGUUUUUGAAGGACUAACUGGGUCAGGACAAGAGAGUGACAUGGCUCUGGAUGACAUUGAUAUACAACCUGGAUACUGCCCAACUAAUUGA